AUGCAAGCCCAAGGCACGCAAGUGACGAUCUCGCGCUUGCAGCGCUCCGUCGCGGAUUCCCUCGCCACCGUCCGGUACGGCUUCAAGGAGGAGUAUCUCGAGCCGCGCACCGGCUACUCGCUCGACCUGGCGUUUUGGUUACCCUCGUCACGCAUCGCGAUCGAGGCGUGCGCACCCAACGGCCCAACGAAGCUCAAGCGGCGCCUCCUCGCCGCGGCUUGCUGGAGGAUGAUCAGCGUUCCAUUCCAUGAGUGGGACAGCUUGAACACGGCCGAUGAGCGUCAGGCCUACUUGGAGCGAGCGGUCGGCUCGCUCGCUGCAGCAGCCCCUUGCCAGCCCGGGUCCAGCAGCCCGAUCGCUAGCCGCGGACAAGGGCCGGACUACGAAGCUGACAGCUGCGGCAGCCCCAGCGGCAGCCCCAGCCCCCAGGAAGAGGCUGAGCCUCGAAGCGCAGAGGUGCGGUGCGAGGUGGCGCGGUACGCGCUAGACGAAGGCCGCCUGAGGAUGCUCGUGGAGGAGCAAGGGGCGAGCUUCAGCGCCACAGUGGCCAGCGUGGUCGUCGACAAGCUUUGCGGCUUCAUCGCGGCCGCCAAAGGCAUGGCACGGCGCACUACGCGCUGCAAGCGACUGCAGAGGUCUCGGCUGAGGAGGCACGCGCCAACCUCAAGACUCUCGAGAAAAACUUGA